AUGCCUCCAGUCUCUUAUAUUAAUCGACGUAACGCUAUUCGUGAGGCACUUGAUGAAUUAAAUAAUUACUCACCUAACUUUAAACGCCCAAGUGUCAAUAGUGUUGCUAAAAGUUUUGGAAUCGCAGAAACUACUCUUAGACGUGCCGUAAAAAAUGGCAACCCUCCUAACCGUACAGGCCCAUCGACUGUACUUACUGAGCAUGAGGAGAAUCAACUUGCAGGCUAUUGUAUUAAUGUACAAAGGCUUGG